UACAUGCCAAUAGCGACCUCCCACUAGGCUGCCAACCUCACACGCAGCCAGCCUUUUUUCGGUUGUGGCGGUGCUGUUUCUGAAUCGGAGAUGACAACGAUAAAAAUUUCUAAUGAUAUUGGAGCAGUCGUACAAAUAUUGUGACCGCUAUUCGAAUUCGAAGAAGAAUAAAAAAAAACAAGUACGAGGCGCCUCCUUUCCACGCCCCGUGGAGACUGCCCAUUCGCUGGGUUUGCAUUGCCGUACUUGUGCUCCGAAUUCAUUAGUAUUUAUUGGGAGUUAAGACAUGUGAAUUGGGUUUAGGGCUGGGAUAGAUGGAAGCCUCCUGCAUUUCCUGCCGAAGCAUCUCCACCUUGGACUUGAAGCCACUUCAAAGACGCCCCAGUUUCUGCUGGCGCCGCUGCAAUGACUUCCUUUUCCCCGCUCAUCGUACCUUGGCUUCCACGUAUCUGUUCGAUGGCAAUAAUCUCGUCUUUUCUCAUCCCCUCUCAUUUGCCUCCCCAUUUUCACGCUGCCCCCGGACCGGUUGUCGGCGCAGCACAACUUUCUGCGCCACCAAUACAAAGAGAAAAAGAAGCCACCGUAAGAACAGGGGAGGAGGAAGAGCUGUUGCUGAUGCUGACAUUGCCGGGCUGAAAACCGGUGUAGGGCCUAUUGAGAUUGCGACCAUUACGACUGUUGCUGAAGGUGACGGAGACAGGGUAAGGAGGCGAGAAGCACAGGGACCGAAUGGGCAGGAAACAUGUUCACCGGCUAACGUGCGUUCUCUGUAUCAGAACGGUGAUCCACUCGGGCGGAGAGAUUUGGGUAAGUGCGUUGUUAGAUGGAUAUGCCAAGGCAUGAAAGCCAUGGCUUCCGAUUUUACCACUGCUGAGAUGCAGGGGGAAUUCUCUGAGGUCAGACAACGUAUGGGACCAGGUUUGGCCUUCGUGAUCCAGGCCCAGCCAUACCUCAACGCCGUCCCCAUGCCCCUUGGUCUCGAAGCCAUCUGCCUCAAGGUCUGCACUCAUUAUCCCACCCUGUUCGAUCAUUUCCAGAGGGAGCUUAGAGACGUGCUUCAGGAUCUCCAGCGGAAGUCGGUGCUUCAGGAUUGGCGCCAAACUGAGUCUUGGAAGCUGCUAAAAGAAUUAGCAAAUUCUGCUCAGCAUAGAGCCAUUGCCAGGAAGAAUCCCCAGCCAAAGUCCGUGCCAGGGGUUUUAGGAUUGGAUCUCGAGAAGGUUCAAGCCAUUCAGAAUAGGAUAGAUGAUUUCACCAAGCAUAUGUCGGAUCUACUUUUGAUCGAAAGGGAUGCCGAAUUGGAGUUUACACAAGAGGAGUUGAAUGCUGUUCCUAUGCCGGAUGAGAAUUCUGACGCUGCAAAGCCGAUUGAAUUUUUGGUUAGCCAUGCCCAGGCUGAGCAAGAACUCUGUGAUACUAUCUGCAAUCUGAAUGCUGUUAGCACAUCUACAGGAUUAGGGGGAAUGCAUUUGGUGCUAUUCAGAGCAGAGGGAAAUCAUAGAUUACCUCCCACAACCCUAUCUCCUGGAGACAUGGUUUGCGUGCGAACGUGUGACAGUAGGGGUGCUGGUGCCACUUCUUGCAUGCAAGGUUUUGUGAAUAAUUUAGGGGAAGAUGGAUGUAGCAUCACUGUGGCCCUGGAAUCCCGUUAUGGUGAUCCAACAUUUUCUAAGCUCUUUGGCAAGAGCAUCCGCAUUGAUCGUAUCCAAGGUCUGGCCGAUGCUGUCACAUAUGAGCGUAAUUGUGAAGCUCUGAUGAUGCUCCAGAAGAAAGGUUUGCAAAAAAGAAAUCCAUCAAUAGCUGUUGUGACUACGCUAUUUGGAGACAGCGAAGUUGUUAGAUUGCUGGAAGAGAAUCAUUUAGUAGACUGGACUGAAGUGGAACUGAAUGGCUUGUUAGAUAGUAAAUCAUAUGACGUCUCGCAGAGAAGAGCAAUUGCAUUGGGUCUAAACAGGAAGCGACCUGCGCUGAUAAUUCAAGGUCCUCCUGGGACUGGAAAAACAGGUUUGUUGAAAGAACUUAUUCCCCUUGCGGUUAAACAAGGUGAAAGGGUGCUUGUAACAGCACCUACAAAUUCAGCUGUUGACAACAUGGUUGAAAAAUUGUGUGAUAGUGGGAUCAAAAUUGUUCGGGUCGGCAACCCAGUGCGAAUAUCUCAAGCAGUAGCUUCGAGAUCUUUGGUUCAGAUUGUUAACGCCAAACUUGCAGAUUUUCAAGCAGAGAUUGAGAGAAAGAAGUCCAAUUUAAGAAAGGACCUUAAACAUUGUUUAAAGGAUGAUUCUUUGGCUGCUGGCAUACGUCAGCUCCUGAAGCAACUGGGAAAAACAAUGAAGAAGAAGGAAAAGGAAACUGUUAGAGAAAUUUUGUCUAGCGCUCAAGUAGUUCUUGCCACAAACACUGGGGCAGCUGAUCCGCUCAUUAGAAGGUUGGACACCUUUGAUUUGGUUGUUAUUGAUGAAGCAGGUCAAGCCAUUGAACCGUCUUGUUGGAUACCAAUUUUGCUAGGAAAACGAUGUAUUCUUGCUGGGGAUCAGUGCCAGCUUGCUCCUGUUAUUUUGUCUAGAAAAGCUGCUGAAGGGGGUCUUGGAAUAUCUCUUCUAGAACGAGCAGCAAGUUUGCACAAAGGGAUUAUGGUAACCAGGCUGACUGUACAGUACAGAAUGAAUAAUGCAAUAGCCAGCUGGGCUUCAAAAGAGAUGUAUGGUGGACUUUUGAAGUCUUCUUCAAGUGUCAGCAGUCAUCUUCUUGUAGAUUCACCCUUCGUCAAGCCCACAUGGAUAACACAGUGCCCUUUGCUUUUGCUUGACACAAGAAUGCCUCAUGGAAGUUUAUCAAUUGGUUGUGAAGAGCACUUGGAUCCUGCUGGCACAGGCUCUUUUUUUAAUGAGGGGGAAGCAGACAUCGUUGUGCAACAUGUCUAUUCUUUGAUUAACGCUGGUGUUAGUCCAACAGCCAUUGCUGUGCAGUCCCCAUAUGUUGCCCAAGUGCAGCUACUAAGGGACAGGCUUGAUGAGGUUCCUGAGGCAGCGGGUGUUGAUGUUGCAACCAUUGAUAGCUUCCAAGGCCGGGAAUCAGAUGCCGUCAUAAUAUCCAUGGUGCGCUCAAACAACUUGGGCGCUGUUGGCUUUUUAGGGGAUAGCCGGCGAAUGAAUGUUGCUAUAACAAGAGCGCGCAAACAUGUUGCCGUCAUUUGUGAUAGCUCAACAAUAUGUCAUAACCCUUUCUUGGCCAGAUUGCUACGGCAUAUCAGAUAUUUUGGUAGAGUGAAGCACACCGAGCCUGGGAGUUUUGGUGGAUCUGGCAUUGCCAUGAAUCCCAUAUUACCUUCAUUUGGUUGAAUGUUCGGGGCUGAUCAGCGUAUGCAAUACAUUCGACCUAUUUGACAAAAGAUUACAAUCCCUUUGCAGCAAGGUUGCUUAUUCUUGUAUAUGAAGGUGCGCCAAUUGUUGAUGCGUGUAUAUAUGAUAACCAAGUAGAUUGUCGUAGAUGAUUUAUUGUUGACGACAGGUACUUCUUCGCUUUGUAAUUUAAAGCUGUUUACACGUGCAUCUAUCCAAAAUUGGAUCAUUCUACAUUUGAACA